AUGAUCAAUGGUCAAGAGUUGUAUGAUGUAUUGGCAGCGAUUGUGCCCCUCUAUGUGCCUUUGAUCUUAGGCUAUUGCUCAGUGCGUUGGCGGAAGAUGUUCACCCCUGAACAGUGCUCUGGCAUAAACCGUUUUGUGGCAGAGUUUGCAUUGCCAUUCUUCACUUUCCGUAUCAUAUCGGGCAACAACCCUUACACUAUGAACUUCAAGUUUUUAGCGGCGGACUCUCUUCAAAAGGUUGUGGUUUUGGUUGCACUUGCUCUGUGGAACACUUUCACAAAGAGGGCUAGCAUUGACUGGACCAUCACGCUGUUCUCACUCUCCACUCUCCCCAACACACUCAUCAUGGGAAUCCCUCUUUUGUCAGCCAUAUAUGGACACUUCACAGCCUCCCUCAUGAUCCAAAUUGUGGUCUUCCAAAGUGUCAUUUGGUACACUCUUUUGCUGUUCAUGUUUGAAUAUAGAGGAGCUAAGCUACUCAUUUCAGAACAAUUCCCUGAUACAGCAGGUGCAAUAUCCUCCGUUAGGGUUGAUUCAAAUGUUGGUUCUCUCAGUGGUAGACAGAUACUACAAACCAAUGCAGAAAUCGGAGAAGAUGGGAAUCUUCAUGUGGUGGUGAGGAGCAUGUCACGUUCUGUGUCCGUUGCAUCAAACCUCACCGGGAUUCAGAUCUAUUCGGUGGAGUCAUCUAUAGAACCAAGGCUGAGAAAUUCAAAUUUUAGUGCCACAGAUUUGCACCCUCAUGGCCUCAAAAGAGAGGGGAUGUUGAAGAUGCAUGAGAAAAGUUUUUCGAGGAGCAAGAGUGUUGGUCAUGAUUUGGCUUCCCAAUAUCCGUCUCUAAAACCAACAGGGUCUAACCAUGGUGGCCAAAGAAACAAGGGGUUGCACAUGUUUGUUUGGAGUUCAAGAGCAUCAUCGCCAACUUCUGAUGUUAAUGUGAGACAUGCAGCGAAUAAUAGAGUUGACUCUUCUGACUUUGGGACCAUGGGAUCUUUGAAGGGUGCUGAUUUUGCAAAUGAAACCGCUGCAUCAAAAGGUAAAUUCAUCUCACAAUAA